AUGUCUGUUCGCAGGUUCUGGCUUGGCCUGCUGAUUGCGCUGGGCUCCCUCUGCCCGGCAGGCUCGUGCGGCAUCUCCACGCACAUCGAGAUAGGACACAGAGCUCUGGAGUUUCUCCACCUUCAGGAUGGGAGAGUUAACUACAAAGAGCUGUUACUUGAGCACCAGGAUGCGUACCAGGCUGGAGCCGUGUUCCCUGAUGCCUUCUACCCCAGCAUCUGCGAGAGAGGGAAGUUCCAUGAUGUGUCCGAGAGCACGCACUGGACCCCCUUUCUGAAUGCCAGCAUCCAUUAUAUCCGAGAGAACUACCCGCUUCCCUGGGAGAAGGACACGGAGAAACUGGUGGCUUUCCUGUUCGGCAUCACCUCUCACAUGGCGGCUGACGUGAGCUGGCACAGCCUGGGCAUCGAGCAGGGAUUCCUUCGCACCAUGGGCGCCGUUGACUUUCAUGGCUCCUAUUCCGAGGCGCAUUCAGCGGGUGAUUUCGGAGGAGAUGUGUUGAGCCAGUUCGAGUUCAAUUUUAAUUACCUCGCACGGCACUGGUACGUGCCUGUUGAAGAUCUGCUGGAAAUUUACAAGCAACUCUAUGGCCGAGAAGUCAUCACCAGAAGUGCAAUUAUUGACUGUUCAUACCUUCAGUUCUUGGAAAUGUACGGAGAGAUAUUAGCUAUUUCCAAGCUUUAUCCGACGUACUCCAGAAAGUCUCCAUUUUUGGUGGAACAAUUCCAAGAGUAUUUCCUGGGGGGACUGGAUGACAUGGCGUUUUGGUCCACUAAUAUCUACCGUCUGACGAGCUUCAUGCUGGAGAACGGGACCAGCCACUGCAGCCUGCCCGAGAACCCUCUGUUCAUCACAUGCGUCCGGGCAGGUGGGCCGUGCGGCGGCCAACCAGCCAGCAGCCAGGGUUCACGAGUACAGAAAAAUGAUUUCCAUAGGAAUUUGACUGUUUCCCUAAGUAAAGAUGUCAGGAAAAACAUCAACCACACCAAAAGAGGUGUGUUCUUUAGCGUGGAUUCGUGGACCUCGGAUUCCCUUACUUUUAUGUACCAGGCUUUGGAAAGGAACAUUCGGACAAUGUUCACGGGCAGCUCCCAGCAGUCCUACAAGCAUGUGUCCAGCCCCUUGGCAUCUUACUUCCUGUCUUUUCCCUACACAAGACUCGGCUGGGCACUGACCUCGGCUGACCUCAACCAGGAUGGGCACGGGGACCUGGUGGUGGGCGCCCCCGGCUACAGCCGCCCCGGCCACCCCCAGGUCGGCCGCGUGUACCUCCUCUACGGCAACGAGCUGGGGCUGCCCCCCAUCGACCUGGAUCUCGACAAGGAGGCCCACGUGACGCUGGAGGGUUUCCAGCCCUCAGGUCGGUUUGGCUCGGCCUUGGCCGUGCUGGACUUCAACAAGGACGGCGUGCUGGACCUGGCCGUGGGUGCGCCAUCGGUGGGCUCCGAGAAGCUUGCCUACACGGGUGCGGUGUACGUCUACUUCGGUUCCAGACGAGGAGGAAUGUCUUCCAGCCCUAACGUCACCAUCUCCUGCCGGGACACGUACUGUAACUUGGGCUGGACGCUCGUGGCCGCAGACCUGAACGGAGACGGCGAGCCUGAUCUGGUCAUGGGCUCCCCUUUCGCCCCAGGCGGAGGGAAACAGAAGGGCAUGGUGGCUGCGUUUUAUUCCGACCCCAGCUGGAGCCACAAAGAAGAGCUGGGCGUGGAGGCGGCCAACUGGACGGUGCGGGGCGAGGCGGACUUCUCCUGGCUCGGCUACGCGCUCCACGGGCUCCGCGUGAGCAACAGAAGCGUGCUGCUGGUGGGGAGCCCGACCUGGAGGAACACCAGUGGCCUGGCCCCCCAGUUCCGCGCUCACGACGAGAAACAGAGCCUCGGUCGGGUGUACGGCUUUCUGCCCCCAAAUUGCCAAAGCUCGUUUACCAUUUCCGGAGACAAGGCGAUGGAGAAGCUGGGGGCCUCCCUGUCCAGUGGCCACGUGCUGGUGAACGGGACCCGGAAACAGGUGUUGCUGGUUGGAGCCCCGACUCGCGAUGAGGUGUCCAGAAUGGCAUUCCUGACCAUGACCUUGCACCAAGGCGGAACCACUCGGAUGUACGAGCUGACCCCCGACGCCCAGCCUGCUCUGCUCAGCACCUUCAGCGGGGACCGCCGCUUCUCUCGGUUUGGCGGGGUCCUGCACUUGAGUGACCUGGACGGCGAUGGCUUAGAUGAAGUCAUCGUGGCAGCCCCCCUGAGGAUAACAGAUGUCACCUCUGGACUGAUGGGGGGAGAAGAUGGCCGCGUGUAUGUAUAUAAUGGCAAAGACAUCACCUUUGGUGACAUGACAGGCAGAUGCAAAUCAUGGACGGCUCCGUGUCCUGAAGAAAAGGCCCAAUACGUACUGGUUUCUCCUGAGGCAAGUUCAAGGUUUGGGAGCUCUGUGGUCACUGUGAGGUCUAAAGACAAGAACCAAGUGGUCGUCGCUGCUGGGAGGAGCUCUUUGGGAGCCCGACUCUCCGGGGCCCUGCACGUCUACAGCCUGGGCCUUGAGUAAAGACCUCGCCACCU